AUGGCGGCGCACCACGCCCCCUUUGAGCAUUCAAGAAUGAUGUCUGAAAUCGAGUUGCAGAAGGUGUGGCUGGACCUGAAGAAGGCGAUCGAGGAGAUCCAGCAGCGGUGCACCUCGAAGCACAUGAGCUACGUGGACCUCUACCGCUACUCGUACGAACUGGUCAUCAACCAGAAGGGCAACCAGCUGUACACCAACCUGAAAUGCGUCGUGUCCAAGCACCUGACUGAAAUUGUCAGGAAAAGGAUUCUGGAGCACCAGGGCAGCAUGCUGCACAUCGUGAUCAAAGAAUGGGCAGAGCACCAGGUCAUCAUGAGCAUGAUCAGGGAUAUUUUGCUCUACCUCGACUGUGUCUUCGUCCCGGAGCAUUAUCUUGGAGACAUUUUUGAUGUUGGUGUCGUCAUUUUUAAGGAGAAGAUCAUUGACCACCCUGACAUCAACGAAAAUUUUGUCAGAUGCGUUCUUGAAAUGGUUGCCAAUGACCGUGCGGGAAGUGUGGUCGACAAGACGGCAAUCAAAAACGCCUUGCAAAUGCUGGUCAACCUCGGCAUCAACUCAUUGCAGUGCUACGAGCAGAAUUUCGAGCAGCAGUUUCUCAUAGAUUCGUUUGAAUUCUACAGGUCGGUCUACUCGGAGUACAUCUCCAAGGGUGACAUCAUGGAGUACAUAGAAACGGCGCAGAAACUGAUUCAGGAUGAGAAGAAAAGGGCAGAAAUGUACAUGAUCAAAAACACCCAGGAAAAAGUUAGCAACCUAGUCGAAGGAGAGCUCAUCCAGUCGCACAUGACCGAAAUUAUCGAGGGCAAAUCAAGAGCCUGA